AAACAAUACGCUAUCGGAAAUGCUGUGUUUAUUGUGGAAAGUGUUUACAAACUUGCGAAGUGUGUGAUUUAUUCUAAGAAGUUCCAGUGCAGAGGCUCUACUUUCACCAGCAUUAGAGGCGGACUCAUACCUAUAUUUUUCAAUAAAUAUUAUCGAAAUGAAUGUUAAGCUUAAAAAUACAUAUAUUCGAGAACUGGAUCAGUCUUUGUUCUUGAAUGUAUAGCAAACGAAAAAAGAUCACAUUAGAAGCUCUAACAGGAAAUAAGCCUUCUCAAGACUAAUGUGAACCGGUGUACGAGUUUCCCAUCUUCAAAAAAUUUAUUAACAUUAACGUUUUUGCGCAUUCUAGAAACAGACCAACUAACAAAUUCUAAGAUUUUUAACCAUCAUCUAUUCCACACAUUUCGAAAUGAGUAUUUCAAGUUUUACUACACAGCCUGUGAUACAGCAGCAACCCAAACUCGAGACUGAACAGCUCCACUGCAAUGCAGCCAUGCACGUCUCCAACCCUCAAGUUGAGCCUGUUUUUAUUCAUCCUACAAACGGAUCAAGUUUGUCAUAUGGAGGGAGUUCUAGUACACCAGUUGAGUCAAUGCCUGCAGGUGCAGCGAACAUUCAGCAACCACCAGGAAUGUGUUCUGAGUCCAACCACUCAGAGCAUCUGUUGCCAUCACAGAAAUACAGUAACGGUGGUACUGCACUUGUGAAUAUGGGGGACAUCCCGACUGUAAUGCAGCAACAACUGGGUGAUAGAGGAGCUCUUGCAGCAAUCAACAUUCCAUACCCAGCGGCAGUAACAAGUGGGGCACCAACAACACUUUUGACAUUUCAACCUGCAGGGCGAACAUUUGUGGCAGCUCCAGCGACUGGAGUUUGGCCAGUCAAGAUCAUGCAGAAUGCCUCAACAAUGACAGAGGAGUCAGAGCUACAAGCAAUGCCUAAAAUAGGACCAGUUCAUGUUCCAGAUAAGUCGAAGGAACUCGGCAAUCAGACAUGUGCUGAACCCCAAAAUGGACAAAUAAAAGGUACAACAGUUGAAUCAGUAAAAGGAAAUAGACAUCAAAUUAAUGGUGGUGUUGACGAUGAUGUUGAUGAAGAAGAAGAAGAUGAUGAUGAAGAAGAAGAAGACAGUGGUGACACUGAUGAUAGCAAAUCUGAUUUACACAAAGAAAUGUUAGCAGAAUGCCAGCAAAUGCACCUGGAACAACAGGGUACUGCAAUGGCAGAUUAUUUGUCAAGGUUGCAACCAUUGCAACCUUUAGCAAUGCCAUUUCAGCACUUCCUGAGUUACCAAACUGAUGAAGUCAUGGAAAAUGGGACAUCACCCAGUGCUGUUAAUAAUGGAAACAGUAAGCGGUCUAGAGGGCGCCUAGGAGAAGUACGGCUUAUCACAGCUGCAGAUGGAUCGACGCUCUUCUCUUGCCCAGAAUGCCAGACUGUCCUCCCUGAUCGGAACCAACUUGAUGUUCAUAUGCAGGGUCACCGUGCUGAGCGACGCUUUGUUUGCAAUGUGUGUGGAGCAUGCCUAAAACGCAAAGAACACUUGGACCAGCAUAAAAGAGGUCACAGUGAUGAGCGACCAUUUGUAUGUAGCAUUUGUCUUAAAGGCUUCAAGAGAAAUGAGCAUCUCACACGACAUAUUGUCAUUCAUUCUGGGGACAAAGAGCAUGCGUGUUCUGAAUGUGGAAAGCGUUUCAGUCGUAAGGAUCACCUACAUAAACAUGCACAAACACAUAUUGCUCGUCGUAUGCGAAAUCAUUCGACCAGUGGAAGUGGUGUUGUAGAAGCAGUGGGUUCUGUUCCACAUUAAUGUGCUUGUUUUUUUGCACAUUUAUUUGUCACCAUCUAAUCAUUUAACUGACAUCAUCUCUGUUGGUGAGGCUCUCAUUGUUUCCUCAACCCAACAGUAAUUUAUAGCAUAUAAAAGACACACACUGAUGUUUUACAUUUUCUGCUUUACAGAGAAGGGGAUGUUUAUUGUCAUUCCUUAUUAGGUAGUCAUUUAGUGGAUUGUAAUUUUAAACCGAAUUAGCCUUUUAUUUUUUAUUUUUUAAAUUUGAAUAUAUGAGCACAGAAGAUGCAGUAUCAUUGUGAUUUCUUGAUCUGUGGUCAAGUAUGGCACUUUCCAUAUGACAAAAACAGAUUGUAUGCACCACAGUAUUUUUAUUUGUAAUUUGCAGAAAAUGUGUUUUAAAUCAUAUUUCAUAUGCUACAACAUUUCUGUAAAACAUAAUUGAGAAACCUGUAAAUAACAGUUUCAGAGCUAAUUGCAAUUAGCUUUAAUGCUUUUAGUCAUCAGUAGUAAAAAUUGUAAUCUACUACACAGAAGUAUGUAUUCCUAUGCCCUGAAGACUUGAUUUUGGACCUAAUAUUAGCUGUUUGGGAUAUAUGGUGAACUGGUUGAAUGUUAAGAGCUUUAGAAGUUGUUAGUGAGAAAAGUAUGUCUUAAGACACUUUCCUUUACAGGAGAUAGAAUCAAACAUGACAGGUGAUGUAGUAGGCACUAAAUAAUAAUUGGAGUAGAUAUGAUAACUUGACCAGAAAGUAGCUGUUGUUAGUUAACCACCAAGAAGGACUAAGCUGGAAUCACUUAUAAGUGUAUAAAGAAGUAUGAUAGAACGAGAGAUUAUAAAGGAGGCAGAUUUUAGUGGGAGGUAUAUGCAGGAAAUUAAAUGAAUUAAAAUAGCAUGCCACAGUAGGAAAAAUUUGGUUAGGGAUACCUGUUAGAAUUUGUGACGGUGGACGGAGGUGCAUGGCAAAUGAGCUAUGACCUGGGUAGAAUGGUUGUCAAAAGAAUACAAAUAAAAUAUGGGGGACAGGGUAUAGGAAUAUUGGAGAGAAAGUUACUAUUCAGAGUUGGACGGUGUAACUUUUCAAAGAGAAGCUAUCUAAUUUAUACAAGAUGCAGGUAACUAAUAAGACAGUGUGCAUACUUUUUCUUGGUUGAUUUUAGGUGAUAGAAGCCCUGCUUGGUGAUACAGAGGAUCAGACUGCUGUGAGGAAAGAAAUAGUUUAAGAGGAAACAAACAUCCCCGACCCACACUCCUGGUAUUGUUGAAUGUAAUGGCAUGUUUAUUAAUUGUAAUCAGUGCUUGGUUUGUUUAAAAAAAAAAAAAAAAAAAAAAAAAAAAAAAAAAAAAAAAAAACUGUUACUGCGACCUUCUGGGGGAGGGGAGUUUUUGUUUAAUUUAAACAUUUUAAAAUGUUAUUUUAAUGCCACUUUUUCAUCAGAGUUAUUGGUAUGGCAUACCAACACCUACAAUCACAAAUCAAGUAGUGAUUAUACUUCUUGCCACUAAUUACUUAUCAACUUAUUAAAACACAGUAUUCAAAAGUGUUUACUACAGUGGACCAUACACAGUUUUAUUUGAUCUUUAAAGUUGGCACUGGCAUAAAAAUAAAUACUAAAUUUUUCCCAUUUGUACCAGUUCAGAAUUAGAGAGCACAAGCAUCAAGGAAAACUGCACACAAAGUUAGCACAUUGCUGAAGUUAUGUUAUAGACCCGAUCUUAUGGCUGUAUAUUGUCACAACCAACCAAUAUGGGCCAUUUUUGUUUACCUUUAUAUAUCGUAAGUUUCAUAUUGGUAGUUUUUAACGUGAGUGUUUCUCUAUUUAUUUGAUACUUACAGGGCAAAAUUCCUCAAUGAUGGGUUUGGAAAUCCCCAGGGAGCAAAAGUACAAAAAAUACGGUAGUGCACACCUAAUGUCAGGUUGGAUUUAAGUGUAUUGUAGUACAUUGAAGAAUCUAAUAAUUAAUGCUGAUUAUUUGUUUUAAAUUUUAUUAUUAACUGUUCUGUCAUUACUUGCCCUUAGUUUAUCUUUUAUACCUCUAGCCUUUCUUAAAAUUUGUAUUAGAUUUCAUUGUUAGACCACGUUUUGAAUCAAAAAGCAGCAGAUGUGUUUGAAUGGUAGAAUUGACAUAUUCUGGGGUGUAAGAAUAAAUUGAGGUAUGAGGGAGCCGUAGUGCCACUACAGCGAUGGAAAUAACUGACAUAAUUAAAAGGCAGCAGGGAGAUUAGUUGUUUCAUUACUGUAUUAGUUCUAACAUAUUUUUUUGUGUAACUUAAUGAAAUGUUUAAGAAAACAUAAAUCUUGUACAAUUAUUCCCAAGUUAGAAAGGAGAAAACCAUAGCCAUGUGCUGCAUAUCAACUAAUAAUAUAAUGGCACAAAGGUGACUCAAAAUAAAAUGUUAGCUGAUUUGCUCUCUUGAGAAUCAAAAUGAGAAAAUUAUUUUUAUAGGCAGAAAUUAUAUUCAAACAGUAUGUCCUGCAACUUACAAAUGGUACUGUGUGUAAUAUGCAGCCAUUUUAUAUUUGAAAGAAUAUAUAUAGUAUUUAUGCUAAUAUGAAAUUUGAGUCUAUGUAUGUGCAGAAUGACACACUAGUUGUAUUCAUUGUAGGCUGAACCACUGUUUUAGAUAUUUUAGUAUUUGUGAAAUGUUUAUGAUUAAAAUAUUUGCAGUAUGCUGCUGCACGUACAAAAAGCCUCUAAAGCUUUUGCAUAAUCUAAAAUGACAUUUUUAGUAGUAUCAUGUAAUAUAAGUCUGUGUUCAUCUGGCGGUAAUAUAGGAUAAUCAUGAUGAGAAUUAUGUCCAGCGGAGCAGGUGGGUGUGCAGAGAAACAAUUGAUGUAAUAUAAAGAGGCAGAUGACAAUGUGUAGGACAAUUUAGGGAAAAUCAUCACUAAUCAGGAAGAUUAUAUUAGUCAUGGUCCUAAGCAUAAACGGUAGUACAAACAUUUCAUUCCUAUCAUUACUGUCAUUGUAGUUGUAAGAUGUGCAUCCCAUGUGAACAAAAGUUAUUAUAAGUUGAAGAUUAUCGAAAGUGUACAUCCUGUGAUGGUAUGUUGACGUCCUAAUUGUAUUUUGGAUUGAACAAUUUUUUUCACUGUGCAGAUAUUAGUACAAUAAGCUUCUGUCUUCAUUUUGAUUUAUAUCCAUGAAGGUAGAACGUGAGUUCUAGCAAAUUAUACUGUUUAGGAAUAUGCUUAUUAGAUGUGACAUUACAGGAGUGAUGAAAUGGUGAUUCACUAAGCUGCAUAACACAUGUCCCUACCCUUCCGUGUUGUACUUUUGUCUCAUUAGCAUUUUUUGUCAUAUCAGCAGUUAAGUCCUUACAAGCAUUGCACUCGUUCAGUUUUGGCAUGUACUGAAAUACAAAUUUCUUUAUCUUCAUUCAGAAAAUUAUAGCUUCUCCCUACUCUUCCCCUUAGUUAGGACUUAAAUGAAACAUGUACCUAAAGUUCCUUGUUGUGCAGGAAAGGCAUCUACUCAAAAGAAUAAACGAAAUGUAGGUGCAAUUAUAACUGAAUUGCCAAUGCUCAGUACUCCCGACAAUGGCCACAAGAAAGUAAAACUCGGUUAAAGUAAAUGAGUAUAAAACUGGGCUGAAUGGAAUUAAAUUUUGAAAAUAUUAUAAAUUUAAUUAAUGAAUCAGUGACAAUGGUUGCCAGCUCACUAUGUUGCUAAAAUUAGUUUUUUAAAAAAAUACUGUUUGUUAAUACUUAGAAGCUUACAUAAGAAGACUGGUUUUGUUGCAAGGCGAAAAUAGCACAAAAUUGAUAAGUAUUGCUCUAGUGUGAUUUCAAAUCAAUAUGUCACAGUGAACAAUUACCUUUCAGAUAAUUUGCAACUCAUGUAAAUAAAUUGCCUCCCCCCCCC